UUGGGAUAUAAGUUUAAUAUUGUGUUUGUGACACUCCGGUAAUAUACUUUUAUUAACAUAAAAAUAUAUAAUAGUGCUUUACUAAAUUCUUCCCAGAAACAAACUUCAGCUCGUUAGUAACGUUACUGGAUUUUUCGAAGAACUGUGUUUACUUACGCAAAAGAACAAUCGGAUUAGUCGGCCAGAACAAUUUUCAUCCUUGAAUUUGUUUUACAAUUUUCCGUGCAAGAGUCAAAUUAAGUACGCGAUAUAUAAAAAUGACAAACAGAAUGAAUUGUUUGUGUGAUUAGAAAAUUUAUUGCCAACGACAACAGGAAGUUUACUUUCCUCGAUCUUGAGGAAGUUCACACAGAUGAAGAAGUUUCUCGAAGCUUGAUCCCGUUCGGUAGGAAACCGUGGAGGGAGAAAGGGAGUCAAAGGUGGGAACUACAGAUAUCCGACAACGGUGCGUCAUUCUUGAGAAAGGUGUGCAGUACACCGUAGAUCACAGAUUUGAACGGUAAAGAUAUUGGCGCCAGCAAGAGACGCUAACGCCGAAAGACAUUUAUAAAUAAAUUAGAAAAAUAGCUACACGUGCUCUGAGAAUAACAGAGAUUUUGUUUACAAAGAUCAUUAAACGAAGAUCUAUUAAUCGAUCGAUUGACUCGUCUUAAAAGUGACUGAAAAGGUGUACAAUCGUUGAACUUCAAGUUUCUACAAUUAUUUAUUGUUAGCGACGAGUUAGUGCUUAAAUGACAAUCUAAGUAAUCAUUCACUCGAGAACAAGAGCACUUUUGCUGAACGCGUGAGAUAUCGCGUGGUUAUCUUUUAGCGGUGAUCAAAGAAAGUUCUCGAAGUCCAAGUGACGUUAAAUUCAUUCUACAGACGCUCUAAAAGAAAGAAGAACUACAAGUUGAGAGAAGACAGUGUUGUUUGAUACAGUGAAAAAGUAAGUAAGAAAAGCGAGAGAGAGUCAGAAAAAAGGAACAAAUCAAAUAAAAAAAGACAUACAUACACAAAAAGAGAGAGAGAGAGAAAAAAAAGAGAGGCAGAGAGGAAAGCUGAUCUACGAGUUUGUCGACAACGAGAGAUCGAUUUAGCUGACGAGCACAUGCUUUGUCUAGACUUGCAGGAGCGUGAAAAGGAGAGAUAGGAAACUAUUCGUUGAGCGAGAAGUGAGAGAGAAGAAAGACACAGAUAAGAAUAGGAAAACCAUCGACAGAAAUAAAAGAGAGCGAGAAAGGAAUAAACAAGAGAGACGAGGAAUUUCUGACCUGUUGUCAGAAAGAUUCACGACCUUUUUCAAAAUCAGUCUUCGAGAUGGGUAAGAGCGGUUUGACAAGCUCGCACGUCGACAAUACAUUUGACGAGGAAGCUAUCAUAAAAAAAGCACGAUGGCGCAAUCUUAUUGCUUUUUGGAUUUUGGGACUAUGCAACAACUACGGCUACGUCGUGAUGUUGAGCGCUGCACACGACAUCCUUCAGGACAAAUUCGGUGACAAUGAAAAUGCGCUAAACACAACAGAUCAUACUAACGCGACCGCGCCGGGAAUGCGCUCAUGCAACACAAUUUCGACCGGCGCGAUACUUUUGGCGGAUAUCCUGCCGUCGUUAGCGAUCAAGAUCACGGCGCCAUUUCUGCCAUUUUUCGUGCAUGCUCGACUGGCUACCUGUGUGUUAUUUUCCGCUGCAGGAUUCCUUCUGGUAUCGUUAAGCACUAUUGAAUGGCUCGCCAUUCUGGGAGUCGUUAUUACAUCGCUCUCUUCCGGUUUGGGUGAGGUUACUCUCCUCAGUUACAGUAAUCAGUUUCCCAAAGAUGUGAUCUCAACAUGGUCAUCUGGUACAGGCGGCGCCGGAAUAAUUGGCGCCGCGUCCUACGCCGGUCUACACACAAUACUAUCUACUGGGAACACGUUGUUAAUCAUGCUAAUCGUGCCGCUCUUGCAAGCGAUCACGUUCUGGUGUGUCCUUAAACAUCCGGCGCACGUCAAAGUCCCAAUUACCAAGGACGGCAUUGAAAGCCAAGAACAUAUUAUCAAGAUUCCAAAGAAGACCUUCAGAGACAAAAUCAAUCUGGUGCCAGGCUUGCUCAAGUACAUGAUACCGCUCGGCCUGGUUUAUUUAUUCGAAUACUUCAUCAAUCAAGGCCUGUACGAACUCAUCAAGUUCGACGGCAUUUGGUUGGAUCACGACUCACAAUACAGAUGGCUACAGACGGAUUAUCAGAUCGGUGUGUUCAUCUCGAGAUCGUCGGUGAACUUAAUUACCUUUGACAAUAUUUGGAUUAUGUCGGUUUUGCAGUUCAUCAACGUCAUAAUUCUCUUGUUCGAAGCCAUUUACUAUUAUAUACCGAACAUAUGGAUCGUUUUUGCUUUGGUAUUGUGGGAAGGUCUAUUGGGUGGUGGCGCGUAUGUCAAUACUUUUUAUCGAAUGUCGACUGAGAUUCCUAGAGCGGAUCGCGAGGCUUCGUUAGGUAUCACGACGAUGGCGGAUUCGAUCGGUAUCGCAUUAGCCGGAUGGUUGUCUAUGCCGGUACACAACGCUAUAUGCAAACUACCGCAUCCAACACGACUCAACAGCUAAAUAUAUCACAAGGUAUAUAGCUCGUCAAUCAAGUGAUAUAUUUGGUUGGAGUUUCUACUUACGGAAACUUUAAUUUUUGAAAGUUUCUCGACGCGGAUACAGCCGUUUAGAGGCAUAGAUACUCCACUUGUAUCAUCUAAGUAUUUAGCAAUAGUAGAUUUAAACGUUAAAUGUAUCUAUUGAAGUUUUAUAUGUGUGAUUAUAACCAGACAUGGUUAUCACAGAAAAAGAGCUAAUGUAAUAAGAGGCUUUCUGCAGUAACGAGUAAAAAAUUCGAUUGUUUUUGCAUUUUCCUAAUGUUUAGGAUCUCAAAAAUAAGUUCCUAAAAUAUUUUGUUGAAAUUCGUAAAAGUAUCGAAGAUAUUUUUGCUGAUUAAAAAUGUUUGCGAUUCAUAAUAUAAUGCACUUUUAGCAGGAUUUAUUACAAACGAGCUUUAUUUGAUACAAACGUUAAAAAGACUAGGAACAGAGCAUAUUGCAACACACAUGUUACAAAUACUUAUAUGUAUAUAUAUCUAAUAAUUAAUAUAUUACAACCCAGAGGUACAUGAAAAUUAGUUGCGUUUCCGUUGCAAAAUAAAGAAAGAGUAAAACUAGGAUCAUUUAAAUCGAUAAAAUUGCCACUAAUAUGCAAUUUAACCAAAGUACUUUUAAGAUAGUGCCUUUAGAGUCUGUUACAUUAUUGUACAUACUCCAUUACAUCCACACGUACACACAUACAUACACAUGUAUAAUGUAGGCCUAUUUAUUUUAAAAUAUUGUGCAUCUAAAAUUAUACUGGUAGCAGAUAUCUUUCUUUGACAAUGUGUAUCUAGUUUUUCUUGUACUCUGUAAAUUUUCUUUUGAUACCGUGAUAAAUUUUGUAAUUAUUUGUUAUUUUAUUUUUACAGUAUUACUAUAUUUCCGAUUUAUACAGGUGCGAAACGAGAUACAUUAGUAUUUUUCGUGUGUGUUUCUAAAAUUUUGUAUCCUAUCGAGUAGCGAUUGUUCGAUACUCCAAAUCUGUUUCAGUAUUAAUAGUUAAAGGUAACGAUAGACAAAUUUUAUUUGUAAUAACACUUUUGGAGUACAUUAUUCGCUCAUCUGUGAUGAGAUAUCUAUAAAAAUUAUUAUUUCGAACUAUCACAUUUCUACUCUAAUACAUAUUUGUGAUCCGUGUAUCGUUUUUAAUGAAAAUAUUGAUUAUUAUGACAAUGAUUAUAAAUAUUAAUAAAACGAUUAAACAUCGCAAG